AUGGUGGGAGGUUUGAAAGGUAAAUUAAGGUUGGCAGGUGCGGUAUUAUUAGGGUUAUGUAUAGGUUUUGCUGGGGUUUUCCACUUGCUCAAGCCCAUUUCAAAUGGAUGUGUUAUGACCUACAUGUAUCCCACGUACAUCCCAAUCUCCAUUGUUAAUGCUACUAGUGUUACCUCGUCAUCAUCGACAUCUAUCAAGUAUGGAUUGUUCUUGUACCAUGAGGGAUGGAAGCGCAUUGAUUUUAAUGAUCACUUGAAGAACCUUAAUGGCAUCCCUCUUCUUUUUAUCCCUGGCAAUGGCGGAAGCUACAAGCAGGUUAGGUCUCUGGCUGCGGAAUCUGACAGGGCUUAUCAAGGAGGUCCGUUUGAGCCUAAUUACUACCAACAGGCAAUCCACAAUCUUGAAAAGGAAGGGGGAGCUGAUGUCGAUGUUCCCUUACCUUCCGAGUAUUCACGCAUGCUUGACUGGUUUGCAGUGGAUCUUGAAGGUGAACAUUCUGCAAUGGAUGCUCGUAUACUUGAAGAACACAGCAAUCAUGUUGUAUAUGCAAUUCACAGGAUAUUGGAUCUGUAUAAAGAGUCUCAUAAUUCCCGAAUAAAAGAAGGUGCAGCUUCCCCUUCAAGUCAGCCAAAAAGUGUUGUCUUAGUUGGUCACUCCAUGGGUGGAUUUGUUGCUAGAGCUGCAAUUAUCCACCCUGAUUUGAGGAAGUCUGCUGUCGAGACAGUUCUUACACUUUCAACUCCACACCAGUCACCUCCUUUGCCAUUACAGCCAUCCCUUGGAAGGUUUUAUGCAAGUGUGAAUGACCAAUGGAGGAGAGGGUAUCUGCCUCAAACCUCUCAAUCUGGACAUUAUCUGUCUGAACCUUUACUGUCUCGUGUUGUAGUUGUUUCGAUUUCUGGAGGAUACAAUGACUAUCAGGUUCGGUCAAACUUAGAAUCACUUGACGGCAUUGUGCCUCCUACUCAUGGCUUUACAAUUAGCAGCACAGGAAUGAAGAAUGUCUGGUUGUCAAUGGAGCACCAGGUUAUACUGUGGUGCAAUCAAUUGGUUGUGCAAGUGUCGCACACCCUCCUUAGUUUGAUAGAUUAUGAGUCAGGUCAACUGUUUUCGGACGUGCAAAGUAGACUGGCUGUAUUCAUUAAAAUGCUUCAUAGUGGGAUAUCACAAAAUUUGAAUUGGUCGGGUCAGUCACUAUUGCCCAAGCAGUCGAUUCGAGUUGAUUCUGGAUCGCAAAUGCAUCAGCGGUUUUCUUGUCCCAGUCAUAUUCACUGGAAUGACGAUGGGCUUGAAAAAGACUUGUAUAUUCAAACAACUAGCAUUACUGUUUUAGCUAUGGAUGGAAGAAGGCGAUGGUUGGACAUCCAGAAACUGGGUUCAAAUGGAACAAAUCAUUUUGUUUUUGUCACCAAUCUUGCUCCAUGUUCCGGAGUAAGAAUUCAUCUUUGGCCUGAAAAGGAAGUGUCGAGUUCAGAUACCACUCUCCAUAGUCGGGUUGUGGAGGUUACAUCGAAGAUGAUGCACAUUCCAUCGGGACCAGCUCCAAGGCAGACUGAACCAGGGAGUCAGACAGAGCAAGCACCUCCAUCUGCUGUAUUUUGGUUGGAUCCUGAUGACAUGCGUGGCUUUAGAUUUAUCACAAUUUCGGUAGCGCCUCGCCAGACUCUUUCAGGACGACCUCCUCCAGCCACUUCAAUGGGAGUUGGACAUUUCUUUAGUACAAAGGAAGGAGAGAAAAUUGUCUCGCCUUGGAUGUUGCUUCAUUCAAUGUUCUCGGAGAAGGAAUUGAUAUUGAAGGAAGAUCAUCCUCUCGCAUUCAGUUUAACGUUUUCUGUGAGCUUAGGUCUUCUGCCUGUGAUGUUUUCCAUUAAAACUACCGGCUGUGGAAUAAAAAAAUUGGAGUUUCCUCUUGAAGAUCCUGGAGAGUCUGAAACGAACAGACUCUGUAAGCUGAGAUGCUUUCCUCCUGUGGGCCUUGCUUGGGACAGUACAUCCGGUCUUCACAUAUUCCCUAAUCUUUACUCUGAAACACUUGUUGUGGACUCCUCUCCAGCGCUUUGGACGUCCACUCAAUGGUCUGAGAAGACAUCUGUACUGUUACUGGUAGAUCCUCAUUGUUCUUAUAAAGCUCAUUUGGCUGUCUCUGUCAGUGCUGCUGCUGGUAGAUUUUUACUUUUAUACUUCCCCCAGAUUGUUGGACUUACUUUUGCCGUUGCCUAUUUUGCUAUGAUGCGGCAAGCGUAUGCAUCGGAACUCGAUAUGCCCAUACCUACUGUCCUUUCAGCUGUAGAGUCAAAUAUGCGAAUGCUGCUGCCAUUUUUUUUCAUGGCCAUACUGCCUAUUCUCGUUGCCUUUUUCUUUUCUAGUCUGAGUUCUUCUUCCAUACCUCCAUUUUGGAGUUUCGGCAUUGUCUCAGUUAUAUGUUAUCUCUUUGCCAAUGGAGCCGUAAUAUUACUGGUAUUGAUUUCCACAUUGGGCCUCUACACAACUGCGGCUGUGCACAUUUUCAUCAAAAAAAGAUGGCAAGCAUGGGAACCGAUUUUUCCCUUCUUCUUUCUGCAUUGGUUCCUUAAGCUCUCCACUAAUUUUUUGUCAUUCAAGGUUGUGAGAAUUAUCAGGACAAACCCGUUGGCUAUUUCGGCUCUGGUUUCGUGUACACUGAUCUGCUUCAUGCAUCCAGCCCUGGGCCUUAUUGUGUUACUAUGUUCACAGGCUAUCUGUUGCCACAACUCACUUUGCAGUUCUUUGAUGGCUUCGUUUCGCAGCCAUUCUGGAAGUAAGCAGUCAAUAGAAUCAAGCGCUGGACCUAAUGGAGCUUCAAUGCAGUUUAUGUCAAAGUAUGGUGGCAAAACUAAGCUAUUGCCUCGGGACGAAAGUAAUUGCAGCAGUCCCGAUUCUGCAAGAAGCUUUGCAGAAACUCAAUUGGAGAUUUUCCACCAUCGACAUGGAUUACUAACCUUGCAUCUUCUAGCCUCGACAAUGUUUGUACCCUCCAUGGUAGCGUGGUUCCAGAGAAUAGGCAGUGAUCAGAAUUUCCCGUGGUUUUGGGACUCUGCUCUAUGCAUUGGAGUUGUGCUGCAUGGAAUUUCCAACUCCAAGCCCGAGUUCAAUUUCUUCUUUCCAGCUCCUGGAAUCAGCGGUUGGGAAAUCAGACUAAGCUUUGCCUAUUUAGUCGCUGGAUACCUCUCUUACUUUACCGGCCUGGCUUUGGCUCCAUAUAAAGUGUUCUAUCCCAUGGCUGCCAUUGGAGUUGUGUCAUUUGCUUUCAGGAUUAUCCAGAGGAGAAGUAAUAGAGGGCGAAAGCAUUCUCAUCGGCACUAA